GAAAUAGGUGAUGAUGGUUUUGAUGACUAUAGAAAGAAGGAAAAGAAAAGACAAUAUUUAGAAAGGAAGAAGGCUAUCAGAGAACAAAAAAUAUCCUAUACCCCACAGUACCAUAAAGAGGUUACAUAUGUUCCACCACCACCACCACCAUCACAAGGAACAAAAAGGUUACAGUAUAUUAAUAUUGAGGAAGGUAAAAGGAAAAGGAUUGAUGAGUUAGAGCAGAAAAAGGAAAACCUACGAAAAAUAAAAGAGGAUCAAAGGCUAGAAAAUAUUAGGAAAGGGAAAAAGGAAAGGGAAUUAAAAAGAAGUGGUAUAAGAAAACUAAAAAUCCCCCUAGACCAAUCAGCAAUGUUAAAGGCUAGACAAGAGGAUGAUAUUCGAAGGCGUCAAAAGUUAAAACGAAAGUGGCAAGGUCCCGACGAAAGCCCCUUCUUAACGUUAAAGAGAGUCAAACCCGUUACGAAAAAACAAUCCGCAAGAGCAAGCAAAGAAUGGAUGCAGAGGCUUAUAAAAACCAAACGCAAAGCAAGUAACAAAUCAUUUAAACCUUCAUUGUGGUAA